AUGAGGUUAUCACUUCGCGUUGCCUCAGUCGCGGCACUGAUCCUGGUCGCCUUUUUCCUCCUGGGCCGUCGCCUCGGAAGCUCUCAGACCCCUACGUCGUUCUGGCGCUUCGACACCACAUCCUUCCUCGCCUCACCACGACGACCACAAGCAGAUGUCUCUCGCCGAAAAUGGGGUCUGGGUACCGCAAAGUCGAAUGUUCUCACCUACCAGAACACCCCCAUCGACAUCCCCAAUGAGGGAAUCAUUGUGAUUGGCAAGCGCCGUGAAGAGGACACCGCAUGGGUCUCCGCCGAAUUGGCCGACUGGCGCAAUUUCAUCUAUACCGUCGACGACUCCAGCGCCAAGGUGCACACGCCCAAGAACAAAGGUCGCGAGGCCUUGCCUUAUCUUCAGUAUAUCGUCGAUCAUUACGAUGAUCUUCCCGCUGUGAUCGCCUUCUUGCACCCCCAUCGCGACGGCUGGGCCGCCGGCUGGGACACUGAAACAUUGGACAACAACAACGUGGAAUCCCUCCGUGCAUUGCGACGCGACUACGUCCAGGCCGAGGGAUUUGUCAAUUUGCGCUGUCAAUUGACACCAGGAUGCCCUGCAGAAAUUCAACCUUUCCGUAACCCACCCAAGCCAGGCAACACGGGCGAGAAACACUACGCCAAGGCGUGGAAAGCGCUCUUUGGUAACGAUGAUGUUCCCAAGGAGGUGGGCGCACCUUGCUGCUCACAAUUCGCCGUGUCGCGAGAUCAGGUGCUUCAGCGGCCAUUCACCGACUACAAGCGCAUGUACGACUGGGUGUUGAAUAAUGAUCUGCCGGACGAGGUGACAUCCAACAUUAUGGAGUACUCGUGGCAUAUCAUUUUCGGCAAGGAGCCUAAAUUCUGUCCGGAUACCUUCCAAUGUUACGCAAAUGUGUACGGCGAGGAAGUGAUAGUCGAAUAA